CCACCCAGAGUAUCCCUACCAAGACAACGGAGCUAAGCCACGACCACGCCAGAACCAGCAGUAACAUCAGGACAACGUUUCUAAGUUUCGACCACGCCAGACUCAGCAGCAAUACAAGGACAACGCAUCGAAGCCUCGACCACGCCAGACCCAGCAGCAAUACAAGGACAACGCAUCUAAGCCCCGACCAAGACGGACCCGGCGGCGCUUAAAAUAUAACACGAUCGACGCGAGCCAAAUCAGAAAUGCCCAGCAGUGCGGCUCAAUAAGAGCGAACGACCCCACGGGAAACCAGCAUCGCUCUACACCACGAACCGCUACGCCUGGAAGACCACGGCCCCGAAGGACAUGAGCGGGUCAAGGCAGACCAACUCGCACCUCACCCCCCAACGAAUUAUCAACUCGCCCCGUUAGCCGAUGACGCGGCCGGUCGACAACGCAACCCUUUUCGGAGUUCAGACUCGACUGACCCUAUCACCGUGAACCUCGCCAUCAUAACAUGAGCCCUGCUCGAAGAAAUCUCGCCACCGACAGUCCCCAUCACCGAACCGCCCCUUCCGCCGUGGGUAGCCGAGUUUUUGAAGCAAGAAUUGGCCAAGUUCGAGGGAUUGGAGGGAGUGUCUCACAUAGCUGAGCAUACCAUCACUCUGAAGGACGACAAGCCGAUAAAGCAGAGGUACUUCCCCGAAAAUCCGGCCAUGCAGAAAUGCGCGUAUAGUCCACUGUCGCAAAUAUUGCUGUUAUGAUCACGCGAUACCGAUCAAAGCACAUGUUCACGUAGAGCUUAUACUUGUUGUUGGUCACUUCAAAAUUCCAAAGAUAUACAAAAGAACCGAGGAGAUCCCAGUUCUCACCAAAGUGGAACCAAGAGUGCUGCUCGCUCACGUACUGGAAGAUGCCAUAGUAGACGAGCAAGACAAAUAGUGGAAAAAGAAUCGGCAGAAGAAUGACGAAAACCAGGACGCAGCGCCAGCUGAUGGAGGCCUACAUACGGCAGAAGAGGGCGUCGCCGGGCAUGGUCCAGGCCAGUGAUCUGCAGAUCAGUCGACCCAUGUCCGGGAUGCACAGCAACAGCCGCGAGCUGCAUGCCUACGACGGACCGAUGCAGUUCAUCAGCUCGCCACACAAUCCCGACCAGAUACUCACCAUCGGCAGCCCCGUCGGUGGAACAGUUGCCAUGAAUUCCACUCGAAAUCACUCGAACAACAUGCGGACCCUGAGUACCAUCAGCCAGGAGGCGGAUCUAAUCGAGGAGAUAUCAUCGCAUGAGCUGGAGGACGAGGAGAGCAGUCCCGUGACGGUGAUCGAGCAGCAACAGACCGCCCCGCACAGCGCCAACUCCACGCAGUCGCAGCGGCCAAGCACCACCCGCCAGCCGUCCUUCAACGACACCCUGGACGAGGAUGACUACACCAACCGCAACAUAGCCGGUGCGGCACCUGUCCGUCCCGUUGGACUGGCCUCCUCGCCCUACAAGGAGGCGGGUCUGGACGGCAGCAGCAUGGAAACAUCGAACGGAGCCGGUGGGGAAUCCGAGGGCGAUGUGAUCGGUAACAUCGAUCAGUUCGUGAUGCAGCCAGCGCCACAGGGGGUCCUGUACAAGUGUCGCAUCACACGGGAUCGCAACGGCAUGGAUCGGGGCAUGUUCCCCAUAUACUAUUCGCACCUGGAGCGGGACUACGGAAAGAAGAUCUUUCUGCUGGGAGGUCGCAAGCGGAAGAAGAGCAAGACAUCGAACUACAUUGUCAGCUGCGACCCCACGGACCUGUCCCGCAGCGCUGAUGGUUUCUGCGGCAAACUGCGAUCCAAUGUCUUUGGCACAUCCUUCACGGUCUUUGACAGUGGAAACAAGGACAGCACGGACAGUCCGCGUCUCGACCUGGCCGUCAUCAUCUACGACACCAACAUCCUGGGAUUCAAGGGACCCCGCAACAUGACUGUGAUACUGCCGGGCAUGACUGAGGACGAUCAGCGUGUCAAGAUCAGUUCAGCGGAUCCCAAACAGACGGGCAUUCUCGACUUGUAUAAGAUGAAGAAUAUGGACAACAUUGUGGAGCUGCACAACAAGACGCCCGUGUGGAACGACGAGACGCAGUCGUAUGUGCUCAACUUCCAUGGACGCGUCACCCAGGCGUCGGUGAAGAGCUUUCAGCUGGUGCACGACUCCGAUCCCGAGUACAUUGUGAUGCAGUUUGGCCGCACCUCGGAGGAUGUCUUCACCAUGGACUAUCGCUAUCCCCUGUGCGCCAUGCAAGCCUUUGCCAUAGCCCUCAGCAGUUUCGAUGGCAAAAUAGCCUGCGAGUGA